AUGUUAGCAAUAGCUCUUCUUGCAUUUCUGAUUGUGCUUUUACUUAUUGGUAUAGCUUUAUUUUUGAGAAGAAGACAAAGAAAAAAAAACGGAAGUUUUGAAAUGAAGAAUGGCGUACUAGCAAAUCCACCAACUAAAACAUCUGAGUUUGAAUACGUUGAAAUGGAAAAUAUGAAUGGAAAAGAAAAAAAUAUUAAUCAACAACCUAAACGGCCUCCUAAUGCAAAUAUGACUCGUGACUAUCAUUUUGGUGUUUCGACUCCUCCAGUUAAAAGAUUGCAAUCUGAACCAUUGACAUAUGUCACAUCUCCAAAUAGACCAAUUUUUGAUGAUGAAGACGAUACGGAAGGUAUUUUUCAUGAACAACCCGUGCUGUUGGACGAUGAAACAACAAAUAAUAUUGAAGCUAUUCUAUUUGAUGAUGUCAAACCGAAAGGUUUAACAACACGUUAUUCGUAUUCUUCAAGGCGAGUUAUGGAUAAUUAUCCAAAUGAUGAUUUUUAA